GCGCGGCACAAGCGUUUUCGGCUCGGAGCUCCGCUGCUGACGCCGUCCGGAGCCGGGGGUCGCGAGGCGGCCACGAACUCCCCCGGGGGCCGCAUCCCCCCGCCGCGGCGACGCCCGAGCAGCCGCCCGGCUCCCCUGCGCCGCGUUCCUCCAGGGGCGCGGGGAGGAGACCCAGCCCGGUCCCCGGCUGCGCUUGGAGAGGCGCGGCCGCGGCCGGCGGCUCGGCUCCGGGAGCAGCGCGGGGGGCGCCCGGCGGCCCCUUGCAGAGGCGCGCGGAGACAGCGUCCCGCGUGCACGAACCCGGAUCGCGGCUGGAGCGAGAGACCCAGUCGUCCUCGGUAUCCAGGGAGCCCUCCUCUUCAUCCUCCUCCUCGUGCUGCCACUCUACCACCGCAGUUGCUGGGUGUUGCUAAGGUGGCCUCCAUGGUAACGUGCACAUCCUGUUUGUACCUCCAUCUGGGCAAGUCAGUCUAAGCUAGGAACCUACCUACCCUGGUCAACCACUCCAUCUCCACCUGGGGACCCCAAUCAUUGUGACACGACGUCCGGCUUCUACGCCGUUCCCCCACCUUCUUCCUCCUCUCAACUGCCAGCCUCACACAGAAGAGAAGAUCUGGACUUGGCGUGGCUCCUCUGAAGCGUGUUGCACAAGAUAGAGUUGGUCUGUUUCCCGACGGGGCCCCCAGAGAAGCAAGAAGGAGGAAGAAGCGGGAACAGGGGGACAGGAGACGCCCAACAGUUAAAGGGAACCCCGCUUCCGGUCUGGUAGAGGGGCGUGGUAACAGCCGGCAAAAUGACGAACCCAUCAGAACACGCCUUGCCGGCCAACUCGGUGGCCGAGAGUCACGAAGGGGACUUUGGCUGCACACUCAUGGACCUGAGGAAGCUCAUGGAGCAGCGUUCGAGCGAUGCGGUGACGCAGGUCAACGUGCAGUACGGAGGCGUGCAGAACCUCUGCAGUCGCCUGAGAACCUCCCCCGUGGAAGGUCUCUCUGGGAACCCUGCCGACCUGGAGAAACGCAGGCAGGUGUUUGGGCAGAACCUGAUCCCCCCCAAAAAGCCCAAGACCUUCUUAGAGUUGGUGUGGGAAGCCCUUCAAGACGUCACCCUCAUCAUCCUGGAGAUCGCGGCCAUCAUCUCCCUGGUCCUGUCCUUCUAUCGCCCGCCCGGCGGAGAAAAUGAGCUGUGUGGUCAGAUUGCACAAAGCGCGGAGGAUGAAGGGGAGGCGGAAGCCGGCUGGAUCGAGGGGGCAGCCAUCCUGUUCUCGGUGAUCAUCGUGGUGCUGGUGACCGCCUUCAACGACUGGAGCAAGGAGAAGCAGUUCCGGGGCCUCCAGAGCCGCAUCGAGCAGGAGCAGAAGUUCUCCGUGAUCCGCAAUGGCCAGCUCAUCCAGCUGCCGGUGGCUGACAUCGUGGUGGGCGACAUCGCCCAGAUCAAGUACGGUGACCUGCUGCCGGCCGACGGAGUCUUGAUCCAGGGGAAUGACCUGAAGAUUGACGAGAGCUCUCUCACGGGGGAGUCCGACCACGUCCGGAAGUCCCUGGACAAAGACCCCAUGCUGCUCUCAGGGACCCACGUCAUGGAAGGCUCUGGCCGGAUGGUGGUGACCGCUGUGGGUGUCAACUCGCAGGCCGGGAUCAUCUUCACUCUGCUGGGGGCCAGUGAGGAUGACGAGGAAGAGAAGAAGAAGAAAGGUAAAAAACAAGGAGUCCCUGAAAAUCGCAACAAAGCAAAGACCCAGGACGGCGUGGCCCUGGAGAUCCAGCCACUCAACAGCCAGGAGGGGGCCGACAACGAGGACAAGGACAAGAAGGCCAGCAAGGUGCACAAGAAGGAGAAGUCGGUGCUGCAGGGCAAGCUGACGCGCCUGGCCGUCCAGAUUGGGAAAGCUGGUCUCAUCAUGUCCGCCGUGACUGUCGUCAUCCUGAUCCUGUACUUCGUGAUCGACAACUUCGUGAUCCAGGGCAGACCGUGGCUCGCCGAGUGCACCCCCGUCUAUAUCCAGUACUUCGUCAAGUUCUUCAUCAUCGGCGUCACCGUGCUGGUGGUGGCCGUGCCCGAGGGGCUGCCGCUGGCCGUCACCAUCUCCCUGGCCUACUCUGUAAAGAAAAUGAUGAAAGACAACAACCUGGUGCGGCACCUGGACGCCUGUGAGACGAUGGGCAAUGCCACGGCCAUCUGCUCCGACAAGACCGGCACGCUGACCAUGAACCGCAUGACCGUGGUGCAGGCCUACGUCGGGGGCACCCACUACCACCAGGUGCCCAGCCCCGACGUCUUCCUGCCCAAGGUCCUGGACCUCAUCGUCAACGGCAUUGCCAUCAACAGCGCUUACACAUCCAAGAUCCUGCCUCCGGAGAAGGAGGGAGGCCUGCCGCGGCAGGUGGGCAACAAGACCGAGUGUGCUCUGCUGGGCUUUGUCGCAGAUCUGAAGCAGGACUACCAGGCGGUGCGCAACGAGGUGCCCGAGGAGCAGCUCUACAAGGUGUACACCUUCAACUCGGUGCGCAAGUCCAUGAGCACGGUCGUCCGGAAGCCCGCCGGCGGCUUCCGCAUGUACAGCAAGGGCGCCUCGGAGAUCAUGCUGCGCAAGUGCAAUCGGAUCCUGGACAAGAAGGGGGAGGCGGUCCCGUUCAAGAACAAGGACCGCGACGAUAUGGUGCGCAGCGUCAUCGAACCCAUGGCCUGCGAGGGGCUGCGCACCAUUUGCAUAGCCUACCGGGACUUCGACGACGCCGAGCCCUCCUGGGACAACGAGAGCGAGGUCCUCACCGAGCUCACCUGCAUCGCCGUCGUGGGCAUCGAGGACCCCGUGCGCCCAGAGGUCCCAGAAGCUAUCUCCAAAUGCAAGCGAGCUGGCAUCACUGUCAGAAUGGUGACCGGGGACAAUGUCAACACAGCCCGAGCCAUCGCCACCAAAUGUGGCAUCCUGACACCUGGCGAUGACUUCCUGUGUUUAGAAGGCAAAGAAUUCAACCGACUCAUUCGCAAUGAAAAGGGAGAGGUAGAACAAGAGAAGCUGGACAAGAUCUGGCCCAAGCUUCGGGUCCUGGCCCGGUCCUCGCCCACAGACAAGCACACGCUGGUGAAAGGCAUCAUUGACAGCACCGUUGGGGACCAGCGGCAGGUGGUGGCUGUCACCGGUGAUGGCACAAAUGAUGGGCCGGCCCUCAAGAAGGCAGACGUUGGUUUUGCCAUGGGGAUUGCAGGCACAGACGUGGCAAAGGAAGCCUCGGACAUCAUCCUCACCGACGACAACUUCACCAGCAUCGUCAAGGCCGUGAUGUGGGGGCGGAACGUCUACGACAGCAUCUCCAAGUUCCUGCAGUUCCAGCUCACCGUCAACGUGGUGGCCGUGAUCGUGGCCUUCACGGGCGCCUGCAUCACUCAGGACUCCCCGCUGAAAGCCGUGCAGAUGCUGUGGGUGAACCUGAUCAUGGACACUUUCGCCUCGCUGGCCCUGGCCACCGAGCCCCCCACCGACGCGCUGCUGCGGCGGCGCCCCUACGGCCGCAACAAGCCCCUGAUCUCGCGGACCAUGAUGAAGAACAUCCUGGGCCACGCCGUCUAUCAGCUCACCAUCAUCUUUUUCCUGGUCUUUGCUGGCGAGAAGUUCUUCCACAUCGACAGUGGGAGGAAGGCCCCGCUCCACUCGCCGCCCAGCCAGCACUACACCAUCGUCUUCAACACCUUCGUGCUGAUGCAGCUCUUCAACGAGAUCAACUCCCGCAAGAUCCACGGCGAGAGGAACGUGUUCGCCGGCAUCUACCACAACCUCAUCUUCUGCUCGGUGGUCCUGGGCACGUUCAUCAGCCAGGUUCUCAUUGUGGAAUUUGGGGGCAAGCCCUUCAGCUGCACAAAGCUCAGCCUGUCGCAGUGGCUGUGGUGUCUCUUCUUUGGGAUCGGAGAACUCCUGUGGGGCCAGAUCAUCUCUGCGAUACCCACGCAAUCCCUGAAGUUCCUGAAGGAGGCCGGGCACGGCACCACCAAGGAGGAGAUCAGCAAGGACGCCGAGGGGCUGGAUGAGAUCGACCACGCCGAGAUGGAGCUGCGCCGAGGCCAGAUCCUCUGGUUCCGGGGCCUGAACCGGAUCCAGACCCAGAUCGAAGUAAUUAACACAUUCCAGACGGGAGCCUCUAUUAAGGGAGUCCUAAGGCGCCAGACCAUGGGGCAGCACCUUGACGUAAAACUGGGUCCUAGCUCGUCCUAUAUCAAGGUGGUCAGAGCGUUCCAUAGCUCCCUCCACGAAAGCAUUCAGAAGCCCAGGAACCAGAACUCCAUCCACAACUUCAUGACCCACCCUGAAUUCGCCAUAGAUGAGGAGUCGCCACGAACACCCUUCCUAGAUGAGCAGGAGGACGACAGUCUGCACGAGGCCCUGGACUCUGGGUCCAAGGUGUUCCCGCCGGACGGCGAGGCUGCGCCCUACGCCAACAAAAACAACAACGCGGUGGACUGCAAGCCGUCGCGAGCUGCCGCGUCCCGCUCCGACAGCCCUCUGCACAGCCUGGAGACCUCCGUGUGAACACUCGUUCUAGGACCCCCACCCCUGCUUCCCCUGCGCCCCUUCUCAUCUGCUCUCCCCGUAAGGCGACGAUGCAACUUGCCACUGUCACGUCAGCUGCUCCCAAGUGUGUUUGAACCCCACCCCACCCCCCACCUGAGCACAAAAAAGAUGAAUAAACAAGAGACCUACCAGGA